AUGAGAAGGUUGGCUCCCUCUUUUUUGUUGGCCUCUUAUACUGGUCCAACGCGACGGACAUUGUCUUCUAUCCGAUUAACACGAUGGCAUCGAUAUCCCCAACUUAAUGCGGGUUGUAAAAGCUAUUCUUCCACAACCACCGAAACAUCCGGUAGCAUCACGACGCCUCUUCCUGACUCCGAAUUAAACUUACCUUUUCGCUUCGAGACCGGGUUUGCGCUAUUCGCAAAACGCGCUCCGAGACCCUUUCCCCCACCGUUUCUCUCUCCUCCGUCAGGCUCAUUUUCGGACCCUCUUAGUACUCAUCACCAGAGUCGUGAUAAGCGAGCCUUCGUAGAUGGCGAGGUCAUCCGCGGAUGGACAAACGGCGAUGAUGCAGUUUAUGCUAGUGACCAUUUCAUUUGCGCCAACGAUGGGGUUGGCGCCUGGUCAGCUCGGCCGAGAGGUCAUGCAGGCUUAUGGUCGAGGUUAAUAUUACACUUCUGGGUGGCGGCAAUAGAAGAAGAUAUCGCAAAACCGCGAUCCCCUGACCAAUCAUACCGCCCAGACCCUAUGCAUUAUCUGCAGCAGGCAUAUGAGCGGACAAUCGAAGCCACUUCGGGACCCAAUGAUUGUUUAGGAACCACCACAGCGGCCGGGGCUCAGCUCUUCUACAAGGCUGACAGCAGUAACUCAGCAUCGUCCGUAUCACCACUUUUAUAUGUAACAAAUCUUGGCGAUUCACAAGUCAUGGUAGUACGGCCGAAGAGUCGGGAAAUGGUAUACAAAUCGACAGAGCAGUGGCAUUGGUUCGACUGCCCGAGACAACUCGGAACAAAUAGUCCAGACACUCCAACCAAUAACGCUGUUGUAGAUAUGGUGGAGAUUAUAGAAGGCGACGUGGUAUUAGCUAUGACGGACGGCGUUAUUGAUAAUCUCUGGUCACAUGAAAUUGUCGAAAAUGUAUCUCAGAGCGUUAAGCGUUGGGAGGCAGGAGAAGGGGGCCAAGCUAGCGGCCCCCGUAAAGACGGCGCAGGUGGCGGCAUGACAUUCGUCGCCCAAGAACUUGUCAAUGCUGCAAAAGAAAUUGCAUUGGACCCAUUUGCAGAAAGUCCCUUCAUGGAACAUGCCAUCGAGGAAGGGUUAGCUAGUGCAGGAGGAAAACCUGACGAUAUUAGCGUUGUAGCAGCAUUGUGUCAGCGAAGCACGGCAUCAUGA